AUGGAAUCGUUUCUUCAGUGGGACCCUGCUCAGGUGCUGUCGUACAUUAAGGGCCACAUUGGGCAAGACGUGAGCUCGCUUUUCAUCGACAAUAACAUUGACGGCCUGCUUCUUCCUUACAUCACCAGCGAGCACUUGCGAGAAUUGGGCAUUGAGCCGCUAGCAACGAGACUCAAAAUCAAGAAGGCCAUUCACCUGCUUAUUGCUGGCCAGCAGAAUUCCAAUCAUACCAGUCUGGGGACCCCAGGGGCUACUUCUACAGUGACUACUCCAGGGACCCUUUCCGUGUCCACGAACUUCAACAAUCAUACACCUACAGUAUCCUCGUUUGGGCUUCUCAAUAACCAGGUCUCACUUGAAGCAAUCACCCUAUGUCAGAUUCUAGUCCAGGAUGUUUUCAAGAAAACCACUCAGGCAAUGGCUGCAGCACCCCUUCUGACAACCCCUGGCUCGGCUGUACUGACCAGCGGCUCUCUUUUGGGAUCCGCUCUGACCUCUACAGACGAUAUUCGUAAACUCAAUGAGAAUUUCAUUAAGCUCAAAGCUGACUUGAACCCGGUGAUUCGUCUUAUAAAGGAUUCGAAGCCACUUCCUACGCCUACGCUAGAUCCUGGGAUUGCUAGUGCUCCUCUGCCCACGCUGCUGACAAACUCGAGGGACCAUGAGCAGCAAGAAUUAUCUGGCGAGCAUCCGCAGUUAGAGAAUCUUGUCCAUUCUUUAUCCGCCCAUUCUAUCAACACGAAUCUUCAGGACAAUAGCCACCAGCACCCUCCCAGCCCCACGCAGUCCAGACGCCUUUCCUCUGGUUCCGUUCUCUCGAUGGGCGUUGGCAAAAUCACUGACUUGAGCGGGAAGCUGAGUCUGUCACAUCGUUUGUUUAGUAAGGCUCGCUUAAUCGACUCUCGCCUGGCAGCAGGUAGCCCCAUGGAGGAUCGAUUACUGCCUCGAGAUGUGGAUGAAAUCAAAAGAAUUGAGGCGGUAAAGCCAAGAAGAAGCCUGUCUUCAGUCCUCAGUCCUACCUCCCACUACUUCCACGGUAAUCACUCGAGUCACCUCAAGCCCACGCCGGGCCUGAAUGUACUGACGCCUCUGGCACUGGCACUGGCACUGUCUCAAAGCACGCAACCGCUCAAACAGCUCAAGGCGUCUUCAGACGACACAUGUCUCAAGGUUCUCCAGCAGGCGAUGAAGAGACACCACAUCCCUCGAAACCACUGGAGCAAGUACGUGUUAGUGAUUUGCUACGGAGACAAGGAGAGAAUCUUGAAACUCACAGAAAAACCAGUGAUUGUGUUUAAAGAGCUACAAGAGCACGGUAAGAACCCAGCGAUAAUGCUCAGAGAGUUGGCGCCAGCUGAGCCCGACGGCAGUGACAAGUACGAGGAUUCCCGUAUUCAAGACGAGAUUCCUGGUGGAACGCUAUAG